AUGUUCAGUAUUCGAAAAAUAAACUAUAGACAGUUCCUGGGUAAUUUAUCUCUUUAUUAUGGUGAUCAAAUGAAUUUACUUUUGCCCCAAACUGAAAAAGCUAUAGUUGAAGCUGCUUUGUUAAUGAUUAGUACUAUUAAUAAUCAAAGGGAAAUUGUCCAAAGAUUGGAAAUCGUAGAAGGUAGACUUGAAAACAUUCCAUCACUUAAUAAUAACAUUAAUGAUGGUCAAUCAUCUUUAAUUGAUAAAGAUUUCAAUAUUCCUCUUGACGACAUAAUUGAUCUUGAAAUAUUUGAAGACAAAAUUUCUAGCAAUAAAGAAUUCCGUACUAAAUUGGUAAUUAUAUAUAUAUUAAAUAAUAAUUGUGCUGUCAAAGAGCAAAAUAAAUUUAAACAUUCAUCUCAAAAUGGAAUGGAGGAUAUCAUUAAAUAUGUUCUUGCUCAAGCCCCAUUUAAUUUAAAAAGAAUUUUGGACAAGAAUUUCUCUACUUAA